AUGCCAGUCUCUAGGUGAACUACCGCCGCCAGAUAGAAGCAGGUGUCCAACAUGGCGAACAUGGGGAACGGAUCUCUCGCUACAACUCUAAUUUUAUUCAUGUUGUCGGCAGCUUUUCUUCACAAAGGAGCUGCACAGGAGGACAUAGCAGUCCAAGGUCAAAAUCUUGUAACAUAUAACGUCUCAGUGGUAGAGGGGGAGGUGGCGACCAUCAGCUGCAGAGUCAAGGACAACGAUGACUCAGUCAUCCAGCUCCUCAACCCCAACAGACAGACCAUCUACUUCAGAGACGUCAGACCUCUGAAGGACAGCCGAUUUCAACUGGUCAACUUCUCAGACAAUGAGCUUCGGGUGUCAUUGUCCAACGUGUCGCUCUCCGACGAGGGGAGAUACGUGUGCCAGCUUUACACCGACCCCCCACAAGAAGCCUACGCCGACAUCACUGUGCUAGUCCCACCAGGCAACCCCGUCAUCGAGUCGCGGGAAGACGUGGUCAGCGAAGGGAACGAGACGGAGAUCACCUGCACCACCGCCGGCAGCAAGCCGGCCAGCAGCAUCCGGUGGAUGAAAGGAGAGGAGGAGCUUCAAGGUGAGCUGACCGUGGAGGAGACAUAUGACCGGAUGUUCACGGUCACGAGCAGGCUGACGCUCACCGUCUCCAAGGAGGAUGAUGGAGUUCCUGUCGUCUGCAUCGUGGACCAUCCAGCAGUCAAAGACUUCCAAGCACAGAAAUACCUGGAAGUGCAAUACAAACCUGAGGUGAAGAUCACCGUGGGUUUUCCCGUGGGACUGACGAGGGAAGGAGAGAACCUGGAGCUCACGUGCAAAGCCACGGGGAAGCCAGAGCCUCAGCAAAUCAACUGGUUUAAGGUGGAUGAUGACGUCCCCUCCCAUGCGGUCAUAACCGGCGCCGAUCUGCUAAUCGAAAACCUCAACAAGUCCUACAACGGAACGUAUCGCUGCGUGGCGUCUAACUCGGUGGGCGAGUCCUACGACGACUACAUCCUCUAUGUACACGAUGCUCUCACCACUACCCCUAUACCCACAACUACCACCACCACCACUACCUCCACCCUCCCAGACACUACCCAAGAUUCUCGAGCGGGUGAAGGAGUACCGGGGCAGAUGGAUCAUGCGGUCAUCGGAGGGGUCGUGGCGGUGGUCGUGUUCGCCAUGCUGUGUCUGCUCAUAAUUUUGGGACGGUACUUUGCGAGACACAAAGGUACUUACUUCACCCACGAAGCCAAAGGGGCAGAUGAUGCAGCAGACGCCGACACAGCCAUCAUCAACGCCGAGGGCGGCCACAACAACUCGGACGAGAAGAAGGAGUACUACAUCUAACCUUGCGUGAGCCUGCAGGCGUGUCCUGCCGGGCAAGGGGCUGUUUUCUGG